AUGACUGAUAAUUCCGUCAAGUCAUUCUCCGAUAUGCCAACUGAUGUUAUCGAAGUAAUCGUGGAACAUUCGGAGUUGAAAGAACAAUUAAUUCUCCGGAAAGUGUCUCGUUCAUUGAGAGAUCUCAUCGAUACUCAGAAGUUAGACUAUAAACAAAUCAUUGUGGAUGCUCGUCCCGAUCACAUUUUUGUUCAGUUCAAUGAACAUUUCGUCGCAUAUUUGGAUCAUCAAAAGCUCGAUAUCGAUAUUUCCCAAAUGAGCAGUAUUUACAAGUAUACAACAAUUAUCAGAAUGCCGCCUGGAGGAGAUUGGAUUCAGACGGCUUUUGCUGAUCUGGAGUUGGCUUUGAAAAAUCCGAAAAAUCGAUUCCAAAUGAUUCGUAUCCACUCUUUUGAUGAUGAUGCUGGAAAAACAGUCUAUAAAAAACUAGAGAACAUUCUGAAACCGUUGGGUGACCGUAAGAUACACGUGACACGGUUUUGUGCAAGAGUCGUCGAAGGACCACAACUUUUAUCUAUUCUUCCUCACCUUCAACCUGGAAUUUUGAAGUCAAUCGAAAUCGAACACAACGUUGAUUUAGCCGAAAACAUAGACUCUUUGAUCGAUUCGCAGCAAUGGAAAAAAGCACAAGACGUGGAAAUGUAUGCGAUUGAAACGCCCAUUCCGAUUGAAUGUUUGGUUCAUUUGAGGAGAUUCGAUGUAUGGAUUGAGAGUAUUGAAGUGCAGGAUUUGCUAAAAUUGAGAGAUAAUCUCAUUAUCUCUCCAAUUUUCGAAAGUUGCUCAAUUCGUUCCUAUUCUGGGAGUGCCUUUGACAUCGUCGAAGUUCAGAAGAUCUUAGGCCUCAAACAACCGAGCAGUGAGAAACCGCAAUCGAUGCUCCUUUAUUCGAUUCCCAACUCGGAUGCUAUUCUAGAAAUUUAUGUUGAUAAUCAUUAUGUUUAUAUUGAAAAGGCAUAA